AUGGCAUCUGAACUGUUGCUGGUUUGGAUAGCACUCCUGGCGGUGCCACUCUUGUACCACGUGUUGCCGUACACGAGAGGAGGUGCCCCGCGGUGGCCGCCAGGUCCCCGGCCGUGGCCCAUAGUCGGCAACCUCCUGGACCUACGCGGUGGAAACCUCCACCGCAACCUCGCACGCCUAGCGCAGACCCAUGGCCCCGUCAUGAUGCUUAAGCUCGGCGUGGUGAGCACUGUGUUCGUGUCCUCCCGAGAUGCUGCGUGGGAAGCGUUCAACAAGUACGACCGCCGCAUUGCGGCACGCACCAUCCCGGACACAAGGCGCGCCAUGGCGCACGCCGACUGCUCCAUGGUCUGGCUGCCAAGCUCCGACAGGCUGUGGAAGACGCUUCGUGGCAUCGCCGCCACGCACAUCUUCUCCCCGCGCAGCCUCCUGGCCGCGGCGCAGGGCGCCCGGGAGCGGGCCAUGCACCACAUGCUGGAUGCCUUCCGCCUCCGUGCCGGCCAAGAGGUCAAUAUUGGCCACGUCCUAUACCACGGCAUGUUCGACCUACUGACCAACACCCUCUUCUCCAUCGACGGCCAGGACAAGUUGAGGGACCUUAUGGAGGAGAUCGUCGGGCUACUCGCUGAGCCCAACGUGUCGGACAUGUACCCGUUGCUGCGGGUGCUAGACCUGCAGGGCCUUCGCCGCUGGACAGGCACGCACAUGAACCGUGUGUUCCUUGUGUUGGAGAAGAUCAUUGACACCCGGCUGGUCGAGGGGAAGCACCAUCAGGACGUCCUGGACGCGCUGCUGGCAUUGAUGACCACCGGCAAGCUGAGCCGCCGCGAGGUGAAGGCCAUGUUGUUCGACAUCCUGGCGGCAGGCACGGAGACGACAAAGAUCACAGUAGAGUGGGCAAUGGCGGAGCUUGUGCGUAACCCGGGUGUGAUGGUGGUGGUGCGCGCCGAGAUAAAGGCCGCCCUCGGGCACGAGAAGAUAAUCACGGAGGUUGACGUGACGAAGCUGCCCUACCUGCAGGCCGCGGUGAAGGAGUCGAUGCGGCUACACCCUGUUGCCCCGCUGCUGCUGCCGCACCUGGUGGUGGAGGAGGGCGUGGAGAUAGGUGGCUAUGCCGUGCCAAAGGGCACCACCGUCAUCUUCAAUUCGUGGUCCAUCAUGCGCGACCCGGUGGCAUGGGAUAGGCCCGAAGAGUUCAUGCCGGAGCGGUUCCUCGGAAAGACAGAGCUCGGCAUGUGGGGGAAGGACGUCAAGUUCAUCCCUCUAGGCACCGGCCGGAGGCUGUGCCCGGCAUUGCCCAUGGUGGAGCUACUCGUGCCAUUCAUGGUGGCGUCCAUGUUGCAUGCCUUCGAGUGGCAGCUGCCCCAGGGCAUGUCACCUGAUUAG